UAUAAAAGCACUGGCUGCCCGCUUCUCACGGAGAUAAAACCGUCCCGGCGGCUCCGGUACCAGGGUCCAGCCUGUGGCAGCCCGUCCAGGCCCGGACGCUGGAUCAACACCUGUGACUUCACGUGUGCGCUCCUGCUACAUCUGUAGUCACAUCCACAGCCACCUUGGCCGAGGAAUCCACACUUAGGUUCGCAACCUAGGUGGCUACAAGUUCUCAAACCUCAUCUGUGACCCUCAACACCCUAACACCUGGGUCACACUUGUGACACUUAAAUUCCUACCUGUGACCGACACUCGGAACACUUAGAUCACUUUUGUGAAACUUGGCCACACGAUCUGUGGCUACAAGCGGAAACCACAGUGACACCCAAGGGAGUCUUACCUUAUUUGUAACACCUGACUGCUCCAGUGACUGCAACCCACCAGAGUAGCAUCUAUUUUGAUUCUCCCAGACGGCCCUUGUAGGAGCAGCAAUGGCCAUAGAGAGGGGUCCCCAGCGUGUGCUGUUCAGCGAGUGGCUGCUGGGUGAGGUCAGCAGCGGCCAGUAUGAGGGGCUGCAGUGGCUGAACGAGGCUCACACGGUCUUCCGUGUGCCCUGGAAGCAUUUCGGGCGCAAGGAUCUGGAUGAAGCCGAUGCACGCAUCUUCAAGGCCUGGGCUGUGGCCCGAGGGAGGUGGCCACCUAGUGGAUAUAACUUGCCACCCCCAGAGGCUGAGGCCGCUGAGCGAGCAGGCUGGAAAACCAACUUCCGAUGCGCACUCAACAGCACGAAGCGCUUUAUCUUGCACAAGGACAAUUCAGGAGACCCUGCUGAUCCGCACAAGGUGUACAAGCUGAGCCUGGAGUCUGGAUCUGUUGAAGGCCCCGCCAUGGAAAAUAGGGCAGAGGUGACCCUCAGCAAUGCCCUACACACACAGGUUCUGCAAUACAGCUUCCUGGAGGACCACCUACUAGAAUCUGAGUCUGGGGCAGAUCCAGUCCCACCACAGGCUCAUGGCUGGGAGCAAGAACAUGCUUCGGAGGAGCCCCAUGCAGCAUGGCAGGUGGAAGCUGCUCCUGUCCCCAGGUUUCAACAGCCAGCCCUGAUGACCGAGCGCAACCUAGGUUUCCUGAAUGUAACCAUCAUGUACAAGGGCCGCACAGUGCACCAGGAAAUAGUGGGGCACCCCAGCUGCGUGUUCCUGUAUAGCCCCAUGGGCUCGGCGAUAACCUCAGUGCCCCAGCCGGUGAUUUUCCCCAGCCCCGCUGAACUCCCAGAUCAGAAGCAGCUGCACUACACCGAGAUGAUUCUGCAGCACGUGUCUCCAGGCCUUCAGCUGGAGCUGCGUGGGCUGUCACUGUGGGCCUUGCGCAUGGGCAAGUGCAAGGUAUACUGGGAGGUGGGCAGCCCCAUGGGCUCCACGAACCCCUCCACCCAAGCCCAGCUGUUGGAGCGCAACUGCCAGACCCCCAUCUUCAACUUCAGCACCUUCUUCCAAGAGUUGGAGGAGUUCCGGGCCCGGAGGCGGCAAGGAUCACCACACUACACCAUCUACCUGGGUUUUGGACAAGAUUUGUCAGCAGGGAGGCCCAAGGAGAAGAGCUUGAUCCUGGUGAAGCUGGAGCCAUGGCUAUGCAAGGCGCGCCUGGAAGGGGUGCAGCGCGAGGGUGUGUCCUCUCUGGACAGCGGCAGUCUUGGCCUGUGCCUAUCUAGCACCAACAGUCUCUACGAUGACAUCGAGCACUUUCUCAUGGAUCUGGGUCAGUGGUAUUAGCCCAGAACCCCAACUCCCAAUAAAGAGAGGUCAGAAGCA